GCGUUCCUUGGCAACGCGAUGCGCCGCGUUGCCGCUCUGAUCGCGGCGGCGCCAGCGGUGGCCAGCGAUGCGGCACUGCGACUGGUGGAUUUGGAGACCUAUCCCAUUGACCACCUGACCUCUGAAAUCUUGGCACCCUUGCAGCGGGAGUGGUUAGAGGGCGGCCGCGUGUCCUUGAAGGGCUUUCUGACGCCUGCGACGGUGACGCAAAUGGUGGAUGAAGUCAAGGAUUUACCAUCUUUUAGGCGUCUACAGGUGGUCCGCAGCUAUGGGAUCGCCUCGCCUCAGGAUUCCCCCAAAACAGGAGAAGCGGAACAUCCUACGGAAGUCUUGUGGGCCCAGGACUUUUUCGCGGUGGCGGGGGAUCAAAUUGCGAACUCUACCCUGCUGCGACAGUUGUACCAGUCCAAUUUAUUCGCCAACUUUGUGGCACAAGUCCUGGCUUUGCCACGCCUCUACCGUUACGACGAUCGAUAUCAGGACCUAAACGUCAUGUUUACGCGAGACGGUGGGCAGCGCGCCUACCAUUAUGAUGCCUCGGACUUCAUCGUCACGGUGAUGCUCCAGCAGCCAGAGGUCGGCGGCGAGUUCGAGUUCGCACCGAUGCUGCGCGGUCCCAAUGGGGAAGAGAACUACGACAAGGUCACACAGCUCUUUCAGGGCCAACUGCCCACCAUCGUGUCGCGGGCGGAGCCGGGCACAGUGACCAUCUUCAACGGUCGCCGAUCCAUGCACCGGGCCCGCGCCAGCUACGGCGCCCGGACGCGGAUCUUGGCGAUCUUCUCCUACGACACGCAGGCCUCGGUGAACCAAACGAGGCCCGAUUUGGACAAGAAUGUGCGGCUGUACGGCGAGCGUGUCAAGUACUGCACUGCAGAGGAAUGA